CUAUUUCAACCGCGAUCAGGCUGGCAGCGAUUCAGGUCUAGCCAUUUUUCUUAUCUUCAUAUUCCAGUAGCAUACUGUAAACACGCUAUGAAAAACGGGACCCCUUCUUCGCUUUCUCGCGAUCGAUAUGAGGUCUCCGGUCUUCUCGGUCUGAGGAGUAUUCUCGGUAAACGUAGGCUGGAACAUAGCCCGCCCGCUGACACGAAGAGACACUCAAGCAAACACAUACCAAACAUUGAACAAACCCCUUCUGAAGAUGGAGAUUCCGGGUCCAAACAGUAUGAGUCGGACUCUGACGACGAUGGGCGUCAAAAUGUCGAAGAUGAACGCCUGCCGGGGCCGGCCAGAGGUCCUGCAGAAUCUCGUACGAGCGGUUUCAAUACCACCUACGACCGCCAUAUGACGAGCCAAAAGAACAUCUUCCAAACUCGUCUUGUUCACCGAAGACAAUCGAUUUCGUCUUUCGAAUGGACAAGAAACAUCACCGAGAGCGCACUGGAUACUGUACCUGCCCAAGAAGAUAAGAUAGCUGCAUCGCGCCGCCAAUCUGAGUUUGCCAUCGUAUACCGUAUCAAAUGUGACGCCUCCAAAAACACGUCUAUCUAUCAUGAUGAAUUCUUCUAUGAGGAUGACCCUCUAAAUAUAGAUCUGACAGGAAGACAACGAACUUCUCACAUCUCAGGAACGAUACCAGUUUAUCAACUUCAUGAAUAUGCCCGGUCAUUCAGUCACUCUUCUUUCCUAAUCAUCAAAGAUCGACAUUGCGGAGCCCGUUCCGGGGGGAAAUCUACUCAAAGAGAAAGGGAAGAGACUAUCUUAAUACUCAAUGAAGACCUUCGACAAGCGAUCCAGAGAGUGACAACUUGCUCGCUUGAAGACUUCACCAACAACAAAUCCCUGGAGUUCCGUGCCCCUUACCAAUAUUUAUAUCACCACGAGAAACUCCUCCGUACGCACUCUCAAUCAUGUGGCCCUGUGUUAAAGGAAGAAAUCGAAGCUGUCAUUCGAUACGUCGUCGCACGCUAUGGUGAAGAGUAUACUGAGACAGAGAAGCUGAUGUCUCGGGGCAAAAUUACCAAUCAACAUCUGGACAAAAUUUUCUGGCCCAACCAGCUGAUAGGGCAUUCCUUCAUAGGAAAAGGCGAACGGCUACACAACCCUUACAUAGUUGGGGUUGCUGCAGGGUGGCCUCAUAUACAAGACUCCGUAGUAAACCUCGAAGUCUGGAGCUGGAAGAUUUCGGGGAGGAAGUGCGUACGAGAUAGCACAAUUUUCCGAAUUCGCGUACCUGUGGAAGACGACACCGAAGAAUUCCCAUUGAUACAUCUUAAAUUGUUUCCACUAUCUAUCCUCAAUGAGUCGUUGAUCCAUUCUUUGCGUCAGCGAGGAAAAAAGGCAUGGGGCCUUCGCCAUUAUCAUUAUAUUCAUCACACGGGAGACGAACGCGUAAAACCGGGGAGAUACAUGAUUGAUAAGUUCAUGUACGAUAAGCUGAAUGGAUUCGAAUUUUCAGAUCCUUUUGGGCUACGAAACACCCAAACAGAUCCAUGGAGACUCGCACUGGACAGCGAAGCUGAACCUACAGAAGACGAAUUUCUUCUGAUGCCUACGUAUCUUCCUGGUUACGAUCUACUAGAGAAGGAUUGGGUUGAUCUUUCCGUUGAUAAAAUCGAGCCUAUUCAGUGGGAAAAUUUGCCUUUCGAUGAAGACUUGGUACUACCCGCCGAAACGAAACGUUUGAUCAAGGCGAUGGUCACAGUCCGAGCAUCAUCAAUUAAGAAGAAGAAGGAAGAGCGGAAAGACAAGGAAUUUGACAUUAUUUCUGGGAAAGGGAAAGGGCUCAUCAUGCUAUUUCAUGGCUCUCCAGGAACUGGCAAGACUCUGACUGCUGAAUCGGUCGCCGAGAUCGCACAGAUGCCAUUGUACCCGAUCACGUGUGGAGACAUGGGCACCGACCCAGACAAGGUUGAGUCCUAUCUGAGACUAGCAUUCAAACUAGGACAGCGAUGGAAUUGCGUGCUCCUGUUAGACGAAGCAGACGUGUUCCUCGAGGCGCGUGGUCAGGCCGACCUUCAACGUAACAGCCUCGUAUCGGUUUUCCUCCGCAUGAUCGAAUACUACGAAGGGAUUUUGAUUCUCACUUCAAAUCGAGUUGGGACGUUUGAUGAGGCCUUCCGCUCUCGUAUCAACAUCGCUUUGCAUUACGAAGACUUGAAACCGCGGUCUCGUAAGCAAAUCUGGUCUAACUUCCUUACACGCCUGGAAGGCACAGAGCACGGCGAGAAUGUGGAAGAGAUCAAGCAUAGGCUUGAUGAGCUGGCGAAUCAUAAGUUGAAUGGACGUGAGAUCAGAAAUGCUCUAUCGACAGCUAGACAGCUGGCGUCUUAUGAAAACAAGAAGUUGGAUUGGGAGCAUUUGGAGUUGGCAAUCAAGACAGCAAAUACAUUUGGGAGAUAUUUGAAGGAUUUCCAUGACAUGAACAAUAGCAGCUGGGUAGAGGAGAAAAGGAUACGGUGA